CUUCAGUAGUAUUACAGGACCGGUUCGACCUGUGCAACGCCGGGUAUAGCUCUUUCAAUUUGGAGCAAGUGUAUUUCAAGUGUCUCAAAAUCCAAGUAUUGUGAGGCCCCACACCUUCAUUUUCCCUUUAUGUUACAAUAUUGUCUCCGAAAGCUUAAGCAGAUUUUGCCCAACAAAACUCCCUACGGUCGUUAUUCUGGACCCUAACCAAUGAUAUUGAAUGACGAUUAGUUGCCGGACAAUUUUUCGUUUUGAUGGCGUGGGAAACAUUGCAGCGUUGUAAAGGGCCGCUGCUGUCAAGAUGUACCUUCUCAAAUCGGCACGUCCUUCUUUGCAGCUGUAGCUCCUGUGUCAUAGGAGCCACAUCCAUUUCAACAAGGAGGGCCUCCCAAGAGUCGUCCACAAACCCUGAUUGUGCAAGGGUGCAUCGACUAGACCCAGCUCUUGCCCCAGCUAAUGCCGGAGGAGUGUCUCAGCUGUCGGCCGAACCGGACAAUGGAGAGACGCCAAUGCCAACCCCACCUACAAAGGACAGACGCCAUGCUCUCCCGAUUGUCACCUGUUAUAAAUAGGAUUUCUGGUGUGUGUAUGUCCACACUUUUUGCACUCUGGUCAAUUUGGUGGACAUCCGACAACCCCACUUUUGGUAGGGUUGGAUUGGAAAUAGGUUUUGUUGUUGGGGUGGAAUGCUGCUGGCGGGACGACUUCUCAUUGGUCAUAUCCGCCCGGAAAAAUUAAUGCCCGGCACGGCCAUGCUCGACAUUGAAUCAUGUGAAACUGGAAGCAUCGAAGCAAAUUAUCAACCUGCUGACCUGGUUUUGAUGAGCGAGUGGGCAAUAUAUUCAAUCUUAGCGCGCCUGUUGAUUUUGUAUGUGUCUUGUGGAGUUACCAAAUGUCGGUUGUGCCGGACACGCUGGAGUAGCUAGUGGUUGUUAUAUUAUAUAUAUCAUUGUCC